CAACAACCGACAAACAACAAAACCCUCCAGGUCUCAGUUCAACUUAAAUGAAACCUACCCUCCCCCCCUCAGCGUCUAACCCACCUCUCACCCCCUCACCCCCCAAUCCCUAAGUCUACAGUUUCUGGAUUCCCAAGAUUUUAUUCCUUUUAAUCACUGCUCACAGUUUUCAUCAUAGAGCCCAGAGCUUUCAUCACAGAACCUGGAUAUCAUUAUGUAUUUAGGACUAAGGACCUCUAUGUGUUUUCCUCCGUAAUCUCUUUGCUUUCCCUUACUGAGCAUUUUGUCAAACAAAACUCAUUAAACAAAGUACUCCUUUAUUCUCGGGUGGAUGGAACUAAGAGAGCGAACAAACAGCAGUAAUGCACUUGCUGUAGAGAAGAGAAAAAAACAACAUUCCAAGAAAUUUUGCUAAUGCAGUUUUAUAUGAGAAAGGACAAUUCCAUUCAAGAAAAACUGCAUUUUUCUAGGACGUCUGCAGUGAAGAAAACAUCUCAGACCUCACAUCCAGCAGGCUACAGCCUUGGCUACGAAGCUACCAACCAGUUACACUCAUUUACAAGAGAGAAAGGGCAGACAAAAGGUGACAGCAGAUAAUCAACAUGGCAUCAGCAAGUCUGCAGUUCUUUGCUUUUAUUCUGGCUUUGUUUGGUGUUUUUGGAGAUAUCACAGCCACCUUGCUACCAAACUGGAAGGUAAAUGCAGAUGUUGGUUCAAAUAUCAUAACAGCUAUAACACAGAUGCAAGGACUUUGGAUGGACUGCACAUGGUACAGCACUGGGAUGUUUAGCUGUACUCUAAAAUACUCUGUUCUCUCUCUCCCCAUCUACAUCCAAGCUGCACGGACAACCAUGGUACUGUCUUGUAUCUUAUCGGCCUUUGGGAUCUGCAUCACUACAGUUGGAAUGAAGUGUACAAAGUUGGGAGGGGACACUGACAGCAAAAGUCACGCUUGUUUUGCUGGAGGAGUCUGCUUCAUUCUUGCAGGAAUUUUUGGAUUAGUACCAACAUCCUGGUAUACAAAAGAAAUUAUUUCAAAUUUUCUGGACCAGACCGUUCCAGAGAGCAGUAAACAUGAACCAGGAGGAGCAGUUUAUACAGGAUUUAUUUCAGCAGGGUUUCUGCUUACCGCAGGUGUUAUCUUCUGCACUUCAUGUUUUAAAAAGCAGCAAGGAGCAUGGAUUUACUCUCCAAAGCAGCACCAUUUCCCAUCUACAGAGCAGGAGAGCAACACAGGCUACAACCUGAAGGACUAUGUGUAAAUACAGUUAUUUCUAUCCAUUGAUGCCAUUUUUUGUGCUAAGUGUAGUAUGAUUAUUUCAAAGAAUGUAUAACAUAGCACUUAUAUCUGAGCUGAAGUUAUGUUUAAGCAAAGUAUUUAAUUUAUAGCGGCAUCCACAAAAAGAAUAAAAUUAAGAAAUAAUGCUUAAGUCUGCUACAAGAGUACUUUGCUGAUUUUUCAAACCAUUCUCUGUGACUUUCCAAGUAACAUUUACUGAACAGGAACUAUUUUAAAACAUAACUGACAGUACAGUUAAUAUACUGAUGACUUCUUACAGCAAAGAUGCUUAAAAACUAACUGCAUUCUAUUUAGCAAAUCAGGCUAUCAAUAACAUAUAACAUUUUAUAGUGUAUUUUAAAUUUUAUCUUUAAUUAUGGUGCAAGGAAAAAAAACCCUCAACCACUCUUUGUCCAAGGAGCCAAACUGAAUGUUUUUUAAAUAGCAGACCAAUCUGCCUUUCAUUUUCAGUUCUAAAUUGCCUCAGCAACUAGAUUUCUUAAAAUACAAAACAAAAAACCACACACAAAAGCCUCAAAACAGAACCCCCACCAAACCCCCGUAAGCCCCAAACCUCAGCUGCAUUGUAUACACUACAUAUCAGGCUGAAGAAUCAGCAGUACCAUUCAGAUCUUGCCAAAAAUGGCUCUCCUGCCCCAAACUGCCACCUGCUGUGGGUUUCAUUUAUUAUUCUUAAAGAAAUGUCUACUCAACAUUCACCAAUAGCUACUAAUCUAUCACUACACAAUGAACGUUAGAUUUGAGGAGCAAUACAACAACAGAAAUGUAACCAUGAUUAUGAAAACACCUGCAAACUGUAACAUACAGGAUACAAACUAAAUAAUCUAUGUUCAAGAAAAAUCUGGGAACAUUCUGGCUUUUACUUCCUCAAAGUAGCUUUUAACAGCCCAAAUAAUAUAGCUACCAUUUAUUGUCUUCUAUGUUUCUGGCCUUCUACAAGAACUUUGUAAGUCUUUUUAAUUAUCACUUUAGGCUCUGUUUCAGGCCCACAGAUUUUGUUACUGUAAAAUGUAAUAUAUAGUGGUGAUAAGGAGACAAGCAACUCCCUGACUUUGAUUAAUAAUCUUAGAUCCUUUAACCUUUUCUUCCAACACACAGAUUUUGUUUUGUACUGAUCUCUAGCAGAGUAUGGUCUAUUUAAAUGCUUCCCUAAAUGAGAAUUAAAUUGAUGUGAAUUUGCUAGCACAGGUAAGAGAAUAAAAGGGAUAUAAUAAAGGCCUUUAAAUUUAGGAAUAUGAUAAUGCUGGGCAAGUCAUUUAACAUGACCAAAUGCUACUUAUUUAUAUACAACUUUCAUUUCCCAUAUUAUUAGCUUGAAAUUCACUAAAACAGUAAAAAGGGGCCUUAACAUAUGUAUAGUUUGAUGGAAAAAGAUCUUCUGUUGUCGCAUUUGAGAAAGUGGAAUGUUUUAUGCAUCUAAUGUGUAAAGACGCUUUAUUCUAAUACACACAGAAUGGAAUUACACCUUGCUUGUGUUACUAACAUUACAUAAUUGCUUUGAGUUUCCUAUGCAUUCAUCAAGGAGCUUGCUUUGUACUAAUCCUAAUUCUAGUAUCACUAGUUAUUCAGCACUACAGAGACUUAACUGACCAAAAAGCCAAAUUUUCUUUUGCUUAGACAGUGCUGCGCAGUACCAUUCCACUCCAUAAACCAAAAUUCUUUUGCAUCUCAACAUUCAUAGUAUUGUUGAAGUACUAUUCAUUCAAUGAGCAAAUGAGUUAAACAACUCAUUCCCAAAAACAUGCAUCUCCACCUGUUGUAAGGGGGUUGACAUGACACUGAUGUGUGAUCAUUGCUAUGCAUGUGAAUUAAAAUUAACACUGUAAAAUAAGAACCAACAGCAUUUUUACAGGAGGGCAUAAGUGAAAUGGAAGAAUUGUAAACUAUAAGCAAAAUGAAGUAUUCACUGAUUACAAAAGCAGUGAAUUUUAUACAGAAGUACUUAAACUUCUUCGUAUACCUAUGAAACAAAAAUCAAAUGCUGAGCCAUUUUGUUCAAAAUAUGCUGAAGAGCUUUCCAUGAAAACAAAAGAUUUUAUCAGAAUGGAAGUAUCUAAACCCACAUGUCAGUAUAUGGCUAAAAGAACAGGGACAAAGCAGAAGAUCCACGUAAAACAGAAGUUUGAAGGAAAUAAAAUAUAUUCAG